AUGGCUUAUAUAGAGAAAACUCAGUCUGCGUUCAGUGGACUGAUCGACAAGCCCGUGCUCACUACCGAACUGCUCUCAAAACCCCCAUUCAAGUUCAUAUUCGAUAUCAUCCACAACCUACACAAAAAAACAGGAAUUUUCAAGACAUUCGAACAAGAGGAUUGGAACGUCGCUGCGUACGCUGAUAAAGGAGCAAAAACAAAAUUCAUUGACAAAGUUAUAAAAGCUGUUGAUGAUGGCACUCUUACUGAUAUUAAAUCUAUUAAAGUUUUAUCUGGAAAACAUCCGGAACUCACAAAUGAGUUGCUUCAACGAAUCGCUCACGUUGCGACAAAAAGUGAGAAGAAAAAAGCAAAAAAGAAACUCGAUUCAACUAAGCCUAAGAAAGAGAAAGAUGGUUCUUCCAAGAGAUCAAAAGAUAAGGAAGAUCACUCAUCGUCGAAAAGUAAGGAUUCUAAAGAAGAAAAAAAGAAAAAGAAAAAAAAGAGUGAAGAAAAUACAAAAAAGGAAAAAAGUGGGAAGACUCAUAAGAGCUUGGAGGAUGAACCCAACAUGGUUGAAGACAACAGAGAUGCAGAGCUUCUUUCACAGAUUGGUGGAAAUGGAGAGAAAGACGUUGAAGCUGCAAUGGAGCUGGCUGUACCUGAGCCUGCUGAAUUCGUGCGUCCUAGUGUCGAACAAGCUCGUCCUCGCACAGCUGCACGACCUGCUCCCCCAACUUUGAAAAAGAAACAAAUUUCAACAAUUCGAACUAGUCAAGAGCCAGCGGUUGCUGAGGUUCCUAUUUUCAAUGAAACUACGACUGCUCCUCAGACAGAUGAAGAUACUUUCGAAAUUAGAGAAAACGAAAUGACUGAAAACGAUGAUGCCAUUAAAACGGAUGAAAGCUCAGGAGUCCUAGUGCAAAAGAUUAUGGAGAAUAAGGCCGAGUUGGAUGAAAAAGAAUUUGAUGAGAAUGAUACAAAGUCCGAAAACCACUUCAGUGAUGAAAUACUAGUUUCAAACUUACAAGCUGAAAUACAAAAAAUCACGCGGCAAGCUUACCCCGUUGUGCAAAUUUUGGAAUUCGUUCAAGAAGAUAUAGAGGCAAUGAUGAGGGAACUUGAAAAAUGGCGAACAGAGACUAGAGAAAACGAACAACGCUUGAAAGAUUUGAUCGCAAAAGAGUUCACUGAUAUCAGCAGGCUCUCAAACAAUCUCAGCAAUCUAGAUCGCGAUAUCAAAGCUGAAGUAUCAGAAAUAUCGUUUCUGAAAUGUCGAGUGUUAUCGAAUGAUCUGAUGAUUAAAGAACGCAUUUUUAGAGAUUAG